AUGGAGAAACCAUCAAGAACAUGUGCAACCUCAGCCUCAGCCGUGGACAUGGCGACGGAUUCAUCUUCAGUCAUAUCGUUAGGAUCUUCAUUAAGUACGAAACGUUUUCAAGAGAAUGAUAUGCUUAUCUCAUCAUCGAGUACUCCAAUAAAGAAACAACGUGUACGUCAGAAAAAGCUCGUAGACGUAGUAUCUGAUCCGUCACUUGUCACUUGUGAGUCGAAAGAAAUAAUGGGUCCAUCCUCCUCCUCCUCAGGUCUUGUAUUACUAGAGACAUCACAAUCUAUUAUUGAUAUGCCCAUGACAUCAGAAGAAAUAACAACAACAAGAGAAGAAGAAGAAGAAGAAGAAGAAGGAGAUGGAGGCAGAGGAUUGCAAGAAGCGAUGACAAUGACGUCUUCAAUGCCAAUGCCACGUCCAAGAAAAGGACGGCGAGUACGUAAAACAAAUGUUGAAAAGAUGGAGAUUUUAGCUUUUGUCGAUCAAGGAGGAUCUCAAGGAGCUGCAGCAGAGAAAUUUGGUGUCUCACGUACAGCCGUGACCAAGAUGGUUAAAGAACGAGCUGCGAUCUCAGCUCAAGCUCUUGUCGAGAGUGCUACGAGUAGUCGUAAAGUGUUACAAUAUCAACAUAAACUCAGUGUGAUUGAAGAUAUGCUAUAUAAAUGGCAAAUGCAGAUUGAACUUGAUGCACCAGCACUGAAGAUUACGGGCGAAUUACUGCAGUCAAAGGCCAUGGAGUUUCGGAACAAAAUCUUGGCUGAUUAUAGCAGUGAAUUAUCCGAUGAAGUGAUCAUGUCGCUCACGGAUUUUAAAGCAUCGAAUGGAUGGCUACAUCGGUACAUGCAACGACGUAGUAUGCGUUCAUUAUCAAAGCUUCAUAGUCAGACAGGACAUACAGCCAUGUUGUCGGAUAGAAUGAAUUAUGAACAACGUGUUCAAAAAGUUCGUGACCUGUUGCUCACGAUAAGUCCGGAUUGUAUAUGGAAUUUGGACGAACUUGUUUUACGCCAUCGUACUACAUCGGCUAGACUGGACUCGGUGAUUAAUAUGGACGUGCGUAGCCUUGAGCGCAUCUCAAUUGCGAUAGCACUGAGUGCGUCAGGUGAAAAACUUCACUUGCAAGUUGUUGGAAAAGAUCCGAAUCCAGACUCGUUAAAGGCUGUUGACACAAUAACGAACUAUGGGGUCCAAUAUCGUGAUCGGUGUCGAGCUGCACACGACGCACAUACGAUUGCCGAUUUCAUCCAAGCCAUGAAUCAAGAGGCAGCGUCCAGAAAACAGGUCUGGUAUCUGGUGCUGGAUAGCUGUACAGCGCACGUAGCUGCCGCUCAUACGCUCAACCCAUCGGGCUUGUUUCGAAAUGGUUUCAGACUCGAAUCUAUUGUGCUUCUCUUCAUGCCUCCUUGCCCUUCGGGUGAUGUUCAGCCGCUUCAUCAGGGCAUUCUGAGAUCGUUCAAGCUACGAUUUCGGCGUGAGAUGCUGCAAACGUUGCUUUAUGAGCACGAAAAGUGGGCAGCUGUUGUGAGGGGUGACCAACAAAGGCAUAACAUUGAUGCAACGUCAAGUGAGGGAUCGCCCGUACAUGACGUUUUUGAUGUCCACGCACAUACUCAUUUGCGGAACACACUCACCUGGCUUCAAAAAGCAUGGGAAUCUAUACCGCAAUCGUUUAUUCGACAAGCGUGGUCAGCCAGCUUAUACUUGCCUGCGGCCGUUCCUGGGGAUGGUGAACCUUCGGUAUCAAUGUGUGAAGAAGAUGAGAUCAAGAUUUAUACUGAGCUGUAUGCUCAGCUGACAGCAGCACCAUUGCUUCAAAAAGCAUUGGGAAUCGAUUAUAUGGACAAUCCAGUUCACUUUAUGAUGGAGCUGCUGGAUUUUGACAAGUCGGAGGCUAUUGACACGGACGAAGUCACAAAAGACAACGACAUUGUCGUGGAAAGUUUAGCUUCUCAGGGACUACUUCGUGAUACGCAACGAGCUUUGAUGCUGGAUAGCAUUCGGGGUGACGAUCUGCCGCUCCUUACGGCAAGUGAGGCCAAUGCGUCUGUAUCACGGCUAUUGCACUUUAUGUCCCAAAACAAUGACAACUUGCUAACUCUGUCAGAGCGGCGAACUGGACGCGCAAACCUCUUGGUUUUGCAACGUCUGCUGUCAAAAGCUCGCGAACGAGAGCGUGAAAGGGAAGCAACCACCGACUUUACUGUGUAA